GUGUCACAUUUAGCCAUAUGAUCCCGAUAUAUACAGCAGUCUAGGAGACAGCGUGAAGUCUGUGGAGAAGAUAGAAUGAUUUAUCAGUGAAUUAUCUGUGUUAUCAGAAGAAGGCGAGGAUAGCUUCUAAGAGAAGACAUAGAGAAAUUGCACGAACACGACAGAAUUUGUUUCUAUCACUAAAGACUUCACAAAUUGUAAAGAUAUAAAUACGGGGACAAGAUUAAAAUGGUGAAACUAUAUGCACUAACAAUUUUAUACAAGAAUCCUACAUCAGUGACACAACUGGCAGCUGCUUAUGAUGUAGAAUCAUUUCCAUUCUUUCAGAAGAACAGUAUUAAGGAAUUCAUGGGCUUUGUCAGUAAGACUAUUGUAGAAAGAACACAGACAAGCGCCAGGCAAAGUGUCAAGGAAGGAGAAUACAUGUGUCAUGUGUACGUACGUGCCGAUAAUUUAGCUGCAGUACUUAUCUCGGAUCAUGAAUAUCCCAGGAGAGUUGCUCAUACAUUGCUUUCAAAAGUAAUGGAUGACUUUGCAACGAAACACCUGCCAUCGACGUGGUCCACACUGAGGGAGGUCACAUCUGAUUUUCGGCAGAUUAAUACGUACCUAGCCAAGUAUCAGAAUCCGAUUGAGGCGGAUGCACUCACCAAGAUGCAGAAUGAUCUGGAUGAGACAAAAAUUAUUUUGAAUUCUGUGAUACAUUUUACCAGCACAAUACGUUAGAGGCGGCGCUCCAGAGGGGCGAAAAGUUGGACGAUCUGGUCGCCAAGUCGGAGGGACUCAGCAUUCAGUCGAAGGCGUUUUACAAAACCGCGCGGAAAACUAAUUCUUGCUGUAGUUUAGCCCCUUAGAACGUUAAUUCGUUUCUUUGCGCUUUACAGGCGCUCGGACGCUUCAAUAUUUUACGAUAAAUGUGGCUUUGUAAUCUAAACCGAAAUGUUAUUUAUGAUUCACGGGAAGGCCGAAAGAUCGUAAGAAAGAUAGAAGAGUUUAACGAACGAGAGAGAGACGUAAUAUAGCAUACGUCGCUUAAUCGAGCGUAUUAAGGUUUUCGGAGUCUCCUCAUUGCAAGUUAUAUUGAAUUAUAAGAUCAGAAAGGAGCGAUGGCAUGCGAGAAGAACUUUGUUUCGAUGUAUAAUGUGAAGAGAAGGAAGAUCGUGUAACUUCUCGCUUUUAGCUUCUAAGCGGGAGCCUUGUCUUCUUUUCAAUUCCCGAUGUAUUGAGGGGCAAAUAACAAACUGCCGAUUCCUCCAAACUAAGUGGAAUUUUUUAUAUGGAUGUUACGCGCCCGUGAAAUUCGUCUACUGCGAGAAACGGUCCUAAGUAAUUGCGUUUACACACGAGAGUGAUCUUCUUGCGAGAAGAUACGGAAUGUGAUGGAAUUUACGUAAGAUAAAAGAAAAUUCGAGUAUCGAACAAUGUCAAAUGUCGCCUUAAACACAUUCCGAAUGUAUGUGUACCCUUUUUACGUGUGAAAAGAAUGCGAUUGCAAUUGUGCCGAUGCAAUAUGAUAAGAUAAUUUAAAUAUUGUCGAUUGGACGAUCGAUAACUGUGUCUGCUCGAGUGAUUAGUUUCUAUUUCAUCUAGCAUGAUUAGUAUCAAGUAAUCAAAAAAUCUGGGUGAAUUUCACGAUGUGCAGUUGACCUUUUGUGUUUGAUAAACGAAUAACACUUUUGUAAUCACUCUAUAAUAAUUUUACAUUUGUAAUCUCGCAAUUUUGCUACUAUCGUUACAUUGAAAAGUCAUCCGUAUGUUGUAUGUAUAUGGGAGAAACAUUGCACAUAUAGUUCCAAAGAUAAGUUUGUUCAACUAAUUUAUCUGACAUAAUUGAAAGGCAAAAAGAGAAUUCUUAUCCUUAUUAUAUAGAUUACUGUAUACUAUUAGAGAGAUCAUAAAUAUAAAAAAAAAAGUGAAUAUUAUCGAUGUCUAUUACGUUACAUAUUACAUCAAAUUAAUCAAUAUAGACAAGCUUGUGAUUAUUUGUCGUCUGAAUUUCAACGUCGAAGACUUCGAUGAUGUGUCUUAAUGAUAAAAAAGAAAAAAAUGUUACACACGAGGAAGUUAAAGACUAUUACAUUUUCGGACAAAAGAGGAAAACUGGCCGAUGAAAAUUCGCGGAUGCGGAUCUUAGUAUACAGUAGAUAGAAAAGAUAUAAUUGAUAUCUAACAAUAUUUAACAAAUAACAAUAAGCUGAGAUCCACGUUUUAGGAUCCUAUCGAUCCGUUUGUUCUUUGCGAAAAAAAUGAUAUAUUCUGUGUAUAAUAUUUAAGUGACAAUUGUAAUCUUUGUAUUAUGUAUGUUGACAAAUGUCACGCGUGAGCCAGUAAAUAUAUUAAUAUAUUUUC